AUGGAUGAUCAACCUCCAGAGCCGAUAGCAAGCGAUUAUGUUGAAUUAGGAACUUUGAUUGUAUUGUUUCUUAUUGGUGGACCAAUAAAUUUAGCUGCCUACACACAGAUAGCUGAGCGACCGUCAGCAACUCGCCUAGAUAUUUUAAAGCGACAUCUGAAUUAUUCGGAUCUUUUAGUUCUUUUCGUUUACGUACCCUCAAGAGCGUGUUGGUUGUUAACUUAUGAUUGGAGAGGCGGCGAUUUCUUGUGUAAACUCAUCAAAUUUUUGCAUACCUUCUCAUUUCAGAUAUCUUCAAAUGUGAUCGUUUGUAUCGCACUCGAUCGUUUACUCUCGGUUAUUUCUCCAACUCAUCGUUCACCAGAGAAGGCUCAACGUCGAACGAAAGCCAUGCUCAUAACUGCAUGGUUUGCGGCACUUCUUAUUAGCACGCCACAAUUCGCCGUUUGGAAAACGUUUUUGGCUUUCGAAAAGCUCAACUGGAGUCAAUGCAUGCAGAUUUGGGAAAUUAUACGAAUCGAACAAUCCUUAGUGAACAGCAGUGUUGUCUUGCCAAGACAAUUGAUGGAUCAAGAGAACGUUUACGUUAUUGUACAUAUGAUGCUCAUUUUUUGGGUUCCAGCCACUAUUGUUAUGAUAUCCUACAUCGUUGUUUCGUGUUGGGUAUACUUGAACUCUCGACCUUCUGAGAUCGGUUCAGCUGCUGCAGUAACUUCAAGAGGUAUACGUAAGAGGUAUACAUUGACGUGCCAUACGGCCGUCGAAGCAGAGUGGCGAACACCUUUGAAAUCCAUUCUGAAAAGUACAAAGAAAUCAUUCCCUACAGGUGAAACAUUGGGAUGCUAA